AUGUCUGCGGUGAGCGCGCUGCCUUUCUUCAAACCCCUCCACGCGUCCGUGUCGCCCUCGAGACAGCGGCGUCACACACUUCCGGCCAGCGAGUUCCGCUCCCUCAACACCGAAGACGCCAUCAGUGUGUUCGAGAUCGAGAGAGAGGCGUUCAUCUCGGUGUCGGGCGAGUGUCCACUUCACCUGGACGAGGUGCGUCACUUCCUCACCCUCUGCCCCGAGCUGUCCCUGGGCUGGUUCGUGGAAGGCAGACUCGUCUCCUUCAUCAUUGGUUCACUGUGGGAUCAGGAGCGUCUCACCACAGAAGCUUUGACGCUUCACAAACCUCAGGGCACCACGGUCCACAUCCACGUGCUGGCAGUGCACCGUACGUUCCGGCAGCAGGGCCGCGGUUCCAUCCUGAUGUGGCGCUACUUGCAGUACCUACGCUGUCUGCCGUACGUGCGCCGCGCCGUGCUCAUGUGCGAGGAUUUCCUCGUGCCCUUCUACCAGAAGUCCGGCUUCAAGGUCCAGGGCCCGAGUGAGAUCACAGUCGGGCCGCUGACCUUCAUCGAGAUGCAGUACGCCGUGCGUGGCCAUGCCUUCAUGCGCCGCAACAGUGGCUGCUGAGUUUACUCAGCCACCAUUGUUCUUUUCAUUACCCCAGAUGCCAAAGCAGAGUGGCGUGGGAGGCUAAUUCUGGCGGGGAAGUUUUGUCGCAGCUCCUGCUUUGAGUGUAGGUUAUGUCUGUGGUGUCGCUAGGUGUUUGUCCACAUUUGUAAAUGGAAAGUUGAUUACAAAAAAAUAUGAAAGGAGGAAAAGAAAGAAAUAAACAGUCCCAUCAGCAUUCUCCACCUUCGCAAUGGCUGGCUUCAUGACGAGUUCGAUAUUGUUCAUGCAUUUUGUUUUUCAUUCCAUAUCUUUAAAAUUCAUCCCAACCGUCCAUCUUCUAUACCGCUUAUACUACAGGGUCACAGGGAACCUGAAGCCUAUCCCAGUGAGCAUCGGGAACAGGGCGGGGUACACCCUGGACGGCGUGUCAGUCCGUCGCAGGGCACAAUCACAUACACACUCACACACCCGUUCAUACCAAUCAGUCUACAACGCAUGUCUUUGGACCGGGGGAGGAAACCGGAGUACCCGGAGGAAACCCCCGCGGCACGAGGACAACACGCAAACUCCACACACACCCGCACGCGCUAACCCCUAAGCCACCAUGCGCCUGUCUUUAAAAUUAGGAGAAUAUGUUUUCGUGUCCUUUACAUUGAUAAAUGUUGUUUCUCAUUUGAGCACUUUUGCUUUAUUUUUCUAUCAUGUGUUUUUUUUUUUCUUCUUCUUUUUAAUAACCUGUUCAUUAUCAGAAAGGAGGCAAUGGUGGUAGGUAAAGAAGAAUGGAACGUGGUGAGAUGGUUUCAAUUAUAGUUUUAAAAAAAAAAAAAAAAGACCAGAAAAAGCUUGAUAGUUGAGAACACACCCGAUAACAAAACAGCACAACUUGUUACUUGUUAUUGUUACCACGAAUAACGAUGAAAAUGACUGAUACUCUCAGAAAUCACACUAACAAUUUAUCACCAUAUCAGUAUCGUAUUGUCGUAUCACCUUGCCCUACAUGGUGUGUAUACGUGGCGCGGCUAUAAACAGUCCCUCGGUCGUUAAGCUGUAGCGAUAUUGUCGAGUAUGGUGUCGUCGAGUGUCUUGUGGUUGCUCUAGAUGUUUGUUGUGUAGAAGCAUUAAAACAGCAUUGACUUGCCACCCUGCUACUGUGCUCUCUUCUAAUUGGAGACCUGGAAUAAUCGAU